AGGGAGGAGGAGGGCUCAGAGAUCUGACGCAGUGUGAGCCUCUGCUGCCUCACUUCCACUCCCCGCUCCCAGGAAGAGACCCAGCGGCUCGGAAAGCCCCCAGAAACACAGAGAUACGCCCGGGGAGAGAGACCCGGAGGACGGCGUGUUGUGGAGAUGAGGACGCCCGUGAGGGAGAGAGCGCACCCGCGGCACCGGACCUCGGAGUCGGGAUGAAACCCGGAGCUGUAUCCGCGGCGGGCUGUUCUCAUUGUGUGCUGAGUGGCGCAGGAGAAAAGGAUGCCUCCGCGGCCACAGACGCUCCUCCUGCUGCUGCUGCCGUCCGAAAGCUCGAUUAUUUCCCGACAUAAACUGCCUGGUCCCUCCUCUCCGACGGAGCGAUUGUUGUUCAGGAGCGCGCUGAUUUCUGAGGCACACCGGCCACCAUGCUGCCCGCUCAGUCCCCAUGAAAACUCUCAAUGAAAACAAGGAGGAGGAGGAGGAGGAGGAGGAGGGGUCCUGCAACGCCAUGGAGGACAAGGAGAACAAUCUGAAAACGGCCAGGUUGUGGAGGGAUGCCGCCCUGCGCUCCAGGAAGCUGCGGAGCAACCUGCGCCAGCUCACCCUCUGCUCCAAAGACAACCAGAUCAUACUGCCGGAGGAUAUCGCCGAGAUAGAGGUGCUCAAUCUGGGCAACAACUCCCUUCAGGACCUGCCAGACGGGCUGGGAUCCACCCUCAACAACCUGCGCAUCCUUGUCCUCCGCAGGAACAAGUUCUCAGCUGUUCCCCGGGUGGUGUUUGAGCUGGGGCAGCUGGUGGAGCUCGACAUGAGCCACAACUGCCUGCGGAGCCUCUCUGAGGGCGUGGGUCAGCUGAAGGGGCUGAAGAAGCUGUGCAUCAGUCACAACAAGAUCCAGAAUCUGCCGGCUCAGAUUGGAGCGCUUCAGUUUUUGGAGGAACUUGACAUCAGCUUCAACGAGCUGCACGAUUUCCCCAGAUCGUUCUGCAGCCUCACCAAGCUGCGGACUCUGGAUGCAGAUCACAACAAGCUGAACCAGUUCCCUCCUGAGAUCCUGGCCCUCAGCGAGCUGGAAGAACUCGACUGCUCCGGGAACAAGUUUGAGGCGUUACCAGCAGACAUCAUGAAGCUGCAGCCUGUCAAAAUCCUCUGGCUCAGUAGUCUCCACAUGUCCACGUUACCCGACACCUUCUGUCACCUGCACAACCUGGAGAGCCUGAUGCUGGACGGGAACAACCUCACAGGGCUGCCUGCUGCUUUUGGUCAUCUGCAAAGACUCAAAAUGAUCAAUCUGUCCUCUAACGACUUUGAGGACUUCCCCCAGGUUAUUUUAAGCAUCACAGGGCUAGAGGAAAUUUACCUGAGCAGGAAUAAACUGAUUCAUAUUCCAGAGGAGAUAGGGCAGCUGGUGAAGCUGGCCAACCUUUGGCUGGACAACAACAACAUCACGUACCUGCCGGACUCGAUCGUGGAGCUGCAGCAGCUGGAGGAACUCGUUUUACAGGGUAACCAAAUAGCCAUACUUCCAGAUAAUUUUGGGAAGCUGUCCAAAGUGAACAUUUGGAAGGUGAAGGAUAACCCUCUCAUCCAGCCUCCGUACGAGGUGUGUAUGAAGGGCAUCCCUUACAUUGCAGCCUAUCAGAAGGAGCUCGCACACUCGCAGCUCGCCGUCAAGCCGCGGCUGAAACUGGUUCUGAUGGGGAUGAAGAACGCCGGGAAAACCCGCCUCAGGCAGAGCGUGGUGAGCAGGCAGCAGGACGUUAAAGAAAUCCAGGGAAACAAAGGAAUCGAAGUCACUAACUGGGUGGCAGACGCCGAUCGCUGUCUUACAUUUCUGGUGUAUGAUUUGUCAGGGAAGCAAAACUACGACCUCAUCAAACCCUUUUUUCUCUCCCCCGGUGCUCUCUAUAUUCUCGUUGUGAAUCUCAAAGCGUAUUCGCCCAAAUACUUUUACGCCCACGUCGGGUAUUUCCUCCACCUCCUCAGUGCCAAAGUACCCCACGCCGUCGUGUGCUUGGUGGGCACGCACGCUGACCUGUGUGGAGAGGUGGAGGUGGAGGAGAAGAGUCUGGACAUUCACAGACAGAUCGGCCUGCAGGAGAAGAGGGACACCCAGAGUCUGAGGAGCCUGGCUCUGCAGGUGGACCAGGCGCUGGAGCAGGGCUACAGCGUCCGCUGCUCCAGCCCUCACGUCCUCUUCUACGGGGUCUCUGACAGGAACCUGAGGCGGAGGAAGGCCCAGCUGCAGUACAUGCUGAACCACCGGCUGCAGAUCCUGUCUCCUGUGCUGAGCGUCAGCUGCACGGAGACCCAGAGGAACAUCCAGAGGCUGAGGGAGAAGCUCAUGUCCGUCGCCGACCACAGGGACAUCUUCCCCAACCUGCACCGUGUGCUGCCAAAGUCCUGGCAGAUGCUGGAGGAGUUGCACUUUAAGCCCAAAGACCUGUGGCUCUCGUGGUGGGACUCGGCCCGUCUGGGCCUCCAGGCGGGGCUCACGGAGGACCGACUGCAGAGCGCCUUAUCCUACCUGCACGAGAGCGGGAAGCUGCUCUACUUUGAGGACAGCAUCACCCUGAAGGAGUACGUUUUUCACAAUCUUCCACGAUUCAUUGCAAUUCUCAAUGUCUUCUUCCAGAGGGACGAGUCCACACUGCUGGACAGACUGCUCUCUGAGGGGGAGAGGGGGGACAAGGGGAGGGUGAGCCUGGUUAUAGAGGACGAGAAGGGAGAGAACCUCAGGGUGACCCACCUGCAACACCAUGUGGAGGGCUUCCUCCAACACGGCCUUUUGCCCUCCAACGUCAUCCGCCUGCUCCUCAGGCCGCUCAUCCAGACCCAGCAGGACCUGCAUCUCAUCAUGGAGCUCCUGGAGAAGAUGGGGGUCUGCUACUGCAUCAACAAACCCCGCAGCAAGCCUCUGAACGGGGCCACAGUGUGGUACAAGUUCCCCAGCUACGUCAGCAGCGAGGAGCCCCGGGCGGAGGCCUCGGCUGGUGGUGGCGGAGGCCUCGGCGGCGGCGGCGGCGGCGGCGGCGGCGGCUCUCUGCCUCUGUGUCACUUCUUCUCUGUGGAGCAGCUGCACAUCCAGUACAGCUUCCCUUUCCUGUUUCCUCCCGGACUGUUCGCACGCUUCAGCGUGCAGAUAAACAGCCACGUGGUGCAGAGGUCGGACGGCAGGCACCAGAUCUUCGCCUACCGAGGUAAAGUCCCCGUGGUGAUCAGCCACCGGCCCUCCAAAGGGAAGCUGCAGUCAGAGACUCUGUCCAUCGCCAGCCAGGCCUCGCUGCCCAACAUCUGGACCGCGUGGCAGGCGGUCACUCCGCUGGUGGAGGAGCUGAACGUGCUGCUGCAGGAGUGGCCCGGCCUGCACUACUCUGUACAUAUCCUCUGCUCCAAGUGCCUGAAGAGAGGGUCGUCCAGCCCACACGCCUUUCCAGGUGAGCUGCUGAGCCAGCCGCGGCCCGACGGUCUGACCGAGGUCAUCUGCCCAAAGAACGGCUCGGAGCGGGUCAACGUGGCCCUGGUUUACCCCCCGACGCCCACCGCGCUCAGCCCCUGUCUCAAGUGAUCCGAGGGCCGGCUCGUCUCGCCGCUGCACCACCAGAGCCUGCACCUCCACCUGUGACUGUCCACGCCUCCCUCAUCAGCCUGCUUCACCCCCGCCCCCCCCAGCUGAAGGCAGCUGACCGGAUCCCUGCUUCACACGACGUUGGCGCCUGACGUCUCCUCACGAGACAUCGAACAGUUUUUAAGGAGCGUGACGACCACAAACUUCACCGUAGCAUCAAGCGUGGCCUGCUGCCUUCACUGACCCUCCACCAGAAUCUCCUGCCUCCUACUUUUUAAAUCUGAAAAACAGCUGCUGAAAAGGUGACGGACUCUAAAGGAGAAUAAUUUUUAACACUUACUGAGGAACUUGUUCAAAUGUGGGCCAGGAGACGACUCUGAGGACUGAAGUAUUCUGCAAUAUCUUGACGUGUUGGACCUGAGGACGGCCCUGAAGGGAGCGGGACUGUGUGCUGGUGUAGAUAUUUCUCUGUGAGGACAUGUUGAGGCAGAACGAAGUGUGGGGCUGUCGCUGUGUCACUAGCUUAGCUUUAAAUUUUCUGGAACUAACAGGAUGUUCUUAAACGCACCGCCAGAGGUCACUGAACCUGCUGCACACCUGGUUUCACGUCUGUACAGUGAGCUGCAGCCGGUUAACUUAGCUUAGCAUAAAGACCGGAAACAGGGGGAAACAGCUAGCCUGGCUCGGUCCAAAGGAAACCAGGUCCACCUUCCGACUCGUCUAAAGCUCCCAGACCAACCUGAGAGUUUGGUGUCUAAAUCAGAGCUAAGCUAGUCAGAUGCUAAGUGACACAGCUGCAGCUCCAUCAUGUCUGCGGUUCACACCAAACUCUAUAAUGCCGGUUUCACACACAACAAGAAUUAUAAAUUAAUAAAUUCCCAUCGUGUUUAUUGCGUGAGUUUGACGAGUGACAACGCUACAAAACACAAUGAGCCAUUAGUUCAGCUGUGUGAACCCAAAAUAAUGAUUUAGCUGUGAUUUAGUUUCAAUAAACGGAUCAAAAUGAAGCUGAAUUAACGACAUCAUGAUGCCGAUUUGUUAAAAAUAUGAAGUCAUGCUUUGUCUGGACUGGUCAACAUGACAAACUAACAACUUUUAAAAUGCCUGUUUUCUGAAUGGAGUUUGGAUCAAUCAGGGCUAUUUGUUUCAUAGCAGCUGUAAUCGAGUAACAGACAUAUUUUCUGAGCUUACCUGGUAGUUCAUCUUCCUCGCUUAUUUUGUCGUCCCAUCUGUAUAAAUAUGAAGUCGUCCUAACACAACAGAUGAGAAGCGCGAGUGAAGAUUUUUAAUCCAAAACAUUAUAAGUAAAAAGUUGAGAUUUCAGCUCACACCAGGGAGCGUCGCCUGUGAUGCUCCACAUGGUGGCGCACUUCACGUUGCCUCCAGCGCGUCCCGUGUGUCGCCCGGCAGGAAAUCGCACCGCGUUGCGUGUGAAACCGGCGUUAACGCGACGGCAGCAGUCAGAAAAGCCUCUUCCUGCUCAGAGGUCGGGUUCAGCAGGAGACGGCGUGACGUUAACUGGCGAGCUUGUUAAUCCGAGGAGGUCGGCGGGAUCUGUACAGAUAUUUAUCGACCCCGUCUCCCCCGACCCCGACCACAGAGUUUCAUUUCAUCAGACUGUUUCAAGCAAAAGGUCUUUGUUUCAUUCUGGAUGUUUUUCACUGUUAAAGUCGACGUGUGUUUGGAGGGAGAUGUAAAUAAUAUCUUUAUUUUUGUAUGUGGACUCGAGCUUUGACUUUAUUUCCAGUGGAUGUUGUGCAUGACUCACUGUGAGAGCACACAGGGUUUUAUAUGUAGCUGGUUCCAGCCUCUCACGGAGCAACAUGAAGUACCAAAUACAAAUAAACCGGCUGAAGUACCACGCAGCGCUGUGUUGUUUAUUACCAGUACCACACAAGUAGGCUACAUGAAGAGUGUCUGUGGGUGAAACUCUACUCCUGAGCAUUAAUAAGUAGUAUACGCAGUACAUAAUGCAGAGUACUUUCAUGUGUAUUAAUGUAUUUGUCAACAACUUCUCCUGUGAAGCAUCUGUGUAUAAAAUAAGGCUGCAACUGA